CUCCUCGACGCGUUCCAUCUCACCCCGCGCGCCACCACCCUGACCUCUCUGAUCGCCGACCCGCGACAAGGAUCGGAGAUCAGCAGGCCAUAUAUUUCGAUUGUGCGAACCACCACAUUGAUCGAGAAGCUCCACGAGGAGAUUUCUUUUUGCCCACGAGUUCCAAUUCUUGGCCUGCAAAGAGAUCCUACAGUUCCCAUCCAUACAAAGCUUUGCUUCUCCUUUCGCUUUUUUAGCUUUGUUUAUUAUAUUUGAUUUUCCGUAUGUAAACAAGUACGAGGCCGAGGUUGACAGAGUACAGAGAGAAUUAAGCGGGGGAAUAAGAAGCCAUGAAGGGCGAAGAAGAAGAUGGAGGAGGGAAGAAGGCGGGGGGAGCAGGAGGAAGAGGAGCGCUGAAGAAAGGGCCGUGGACGCCCGCGGAGGACGCUAUCCUGAUGGAGCACGUGCGGCGGCACGGGGAGGGGAACUGGAACUCGGUGCAGCGGCACAGCGGCCUGGCUCGCUGCGGCAAGAGCUGCCGACUCCGCUGGGCCAACCAUCUCCGCCCUAACCUCAAGAAGGGCUCCUUCUCCCCCGAAGAGGAGCUCCUCAUCCUCCGCCUCCACUCCCAGCUCGGCAACAAAUGGGCGCGCAUGGCUGCCCACCUCCCCGGGAGGACCGACAACGAGAUCAAGAACUACUGGAACACCCGUCUCAAGCGCCGGCAGCGAGCCGGCCUGCCCAUCUACCCGCCGGAGCUACAAGAUGGCGUCGGAUUCGACCACUACCAGCUGAAGCAUGAGGCUCCGACGUCGCUCUGGACGCCGCCGCCGCUGCCUUCUCCGUCGUUUGCAGCAGAACACAAAGCUCAGCUCCCCUCUCUUUGGCCAGUUCCAUUGCUGAAUCACGACAGUUUUCGUCCUCCGUCAGGGAUCACUCUGUCCCCUCUCCGGCGGAAUGAGUUCCAUGGUCACCUCGGCUUUAAAUUCCCGCCCUCGCCGCCGCCUAAUCCGACUUCUCUGUUUCCGAAGCAACAGCUUAGGCUGGGGCAUUCUCAAGCGACUCCGCCACAGCUGCUGUCGCCCCUGCCAUGGCCCCCUCAGGGGAAAAUGGAGCUCUCUUCAUGCCAACUGUUCCCGGAUCUCGUCGGAGGCGGCGACGACCCCACCGGCCGCGAGCUUCUGGAGGCGUUGCUGCAGGACGAGCGUGUCACCCAGGAUAUAAACAUAGGGGAGCUCUUGGCGCUGCCGACUAUCGAUGAGCAAGGCGCGUUAUGGGAACAAAUCUUUGGCGACGGCGAAGGCCAAGGGGUCGAUGAGACUUCUCAAGGCUACUUUCUGGGAUCAGCCACUAAACUGGAGGGUUUGCACUGUGACAUGGGAAACAAGAUAAAGAGUGAACUUCCGGGCGAUGCCAUUCCGGUGGAAGACGAUACACCCGGAGUCCUUAACAUCCCGGAGCCCAUGGUGUCAAAAAUCCCUGGCUGGUGCAAUAUCGACGCCGCAGAGAUCUCCAAUGGGCAGUCGGCAGCGACGGUGAGCGACGGAACGGACAUACAACGGUUGGCUUCAUCCCUCUCCGACGCCCCCGCAGAGUAUGACCGGAGUAUCAGUUCAUGGCCGUGGAACAACUUGCCAAGAAUAUGUUGAAGACCUUACGAGCAUCUUCGUUCGUAGUGAGGUUGCUUGAAGCUGUUGUAUGGGUUUCCGGGGAACUGGGUUUCGAGACCUGUAACUAAAUGCUCUGGACUCUCAUACUGUGUAUGAACUUGUAUCAAGUGGCUGGCUAUGUCGGAGAGCAAGUGAUGUUUCUACGGUUCUUUUCUUUCACUGUA